CGAGGGUUUGUUUGGUUAAUAAACCAAGCCCAAGGCAAGAGCAGGCAUUCCUCUCCCCAUUAAUUGGGAAUUGAGAUAGUUUGGGCAUCAGAUCGUCGACAGCGAAGGAAAAAGUCUGCUCAAAAAAAGAAGAAAAAGUAAAAAAGGAAGGAAAUGGGGAAGCAGCCAGUGAGGAUGAGGGCGGUGGUAUACGCGUUGUCCCCGUUCCAGCAGAAGAUAAUGAGUGGUCUGUGGAAGGAUCUGCCUGAAAAGAUCUCCCACAAGGUUUCUGAGAAUUGGAUUAGCGCUACUCUACUCCUCGCCCCUCUCGUCGGAACCUACACCUAUGUCCAGAACUACAAAGAAAAGGAGAAGCUGGCACACAGGUAUUGAAACCAGGGGGAAGCCUCUAUUUUAUCAGAAGAACUCAGAGCUUUUAUAAUUAAGAUGCAACUUUAUUGAGGUUUUAUUGCAACUAUGAACCAUGUUUUUUGGAUGGGAUUGGAUUAGCAUUGAGUUGGUGUUUUGUUAUGGAUAUGGAAUAAUGAAUUUGGAACAUUGUCUUCAUUGUCAUUAAAAUAAAUUUGUGGAUUUGCUCUUCAA